UGACAUUUCUAGGUUGGGAUUUAAAGGUGGGAGGAAUUGAUGAACACAGACAGCAGCAGCGUCUGUCAGAGUCUGCAGACGGAGGAGGACGUCUCUCUGACCUCAUCUGGACGGGACUUUAAAAGCAGGAAACCACAAUGACAGCAGUGGACCUUUUAAACACUUUGAAGCAUUUAAGAGAAGAUGAAUUUAAGGAAUUCAAAUGGUGUCUGAAGCAGCCAAACGUCCUGGAAGGCUACCAAAGCAUCAACGUAUCCAAGCUGGAGAACGCAGAAAGGAUGGACACAGUGGAUGUGAUGGUUGAAACCUAUAAACUACAAGGAGCUCUGAAGGUGACCAAGAAGGUUUUAGAGAAGCUCAACAGGAAUGAUCUAGUGCAGAAUCUGCCAGACGUCAGCUCAGGACCUGAAGAGUCAGUGGAUGUCAGUGAUGUUGGAAAGACUUCAGAAAACAGAGGAACUCCCUCCUCUCAGAGCAAAGUGGAGGAGAUCCAACAGCUCCUGAGAGAAUUGAAUCUGCUUGCUUUGGACCCUCUCAGGGUGCAGAGGCGUGAUCUGAUGAAAUAUUCCUGUGAACUCACACUGGACACAAACACGGCACACAAAAACCUCAAACUGUCUGACAACAACAGGACGGUGACACUGGUGCUGGAGGAGCAGCCGUAUCCUGAUCAUCCAGAAAGGUUUAUCUGUGCUCAGCUGCUGUGUAGAGAUGGUCUGACUGGUCGCUGUUACUGGGAGGUUGAGAGGAGAGGAGAUGUUCAUAUAUCAGUGAGUUAUAGAGGAAUCAGCAGGGGAGGAGGCAGUGAAAACUGUGAGUUUGGAUGUAAUGAUCAGUCCUGGAGACUGUGGUGCUCUGAUGGUGGUUACUCUGUCUGGCACAAUCGCAGAGUAACAUCCAUCUCCUCCUCCUCUGUCUCUGAUAGAGUUGCAGUAUAUGUUGACUGUCCUGCUGGCUCUCUGUCAUUCUACACAGUCUCCUCUGACUCACUGAUCCACAUCUACACCUUCAAAACCACCUUCACUCAACGUCUUUAUCCUGGGUUUGGGAUUCAGUUCCCUGGUUCCUCAGUGUCUCUGUGUUCUCUGUAGGAGGAGACAACUCCCGCUCCUCUGGUUUAAAUGUUGGUGGAGGACGAGGCUUCACUUUGGUUCACAUUUGUCUUUAAUGAAAUGUUCUUCUUCUUUAGUGAUGUUGAAAUGAUCUCCUCAGGGAUGAAACUAGUUGUGUAUAAACUGUGUUGACUUUGAUGUUCACUUUAAUCAUGUUUUAUUUGAGCAGCUUCAGGUGUUAGUGAUUUAUUUCCAUAAAGGUUUAAAGAUAAAAAAGACUUGAUAAGUUC